GCUGGGCUGGGACGCGCGGCAGCCUUGGCAAACUCUGCAAACGUCCCUAGCUGAUCGCGGAGGCUCGAAGCUGCGGGAGGGCUCCCGCAGAACAGCAGAUCCUCGCAGCCCCGCAGAUCCCGCGUGCAUCCGUCUAGACUUCCUCUACCAACCCCACCGCAGAGCAUCCCGCCGCGCAUCGCCCGCCCAAGAGUUGGCCGCUAGGAGGUUGUGGCUCUUGGGUCCGGGAAACCCGAGUCCAGGGAAGCCCGGAGAGCCACGGCGCCAGGGGCGGCCCGGGGCGGUGGGAUGAGCUGGAGAGCAGGCUGAGCGCGCGGAGAGGCAGGUUCAGCAGGUUCAGCCACCGCGGGGGACAUGGCAUCCUGGUUCUGGAGAAGGCUUCGUGGCAAGAGGCGGUUGGUGAUGGUGUUCUGUCUCUUGAUGACUCUGUCUGUGGUGGCUAUCACCCGCUUCCCACUGCAGCGUCCAAGUGCUGGCCCAGCCCCUGGUCCUGUGGAGCCCCAGGGGGUAACCAGCAUUCUUGCUCCCAAUAGCCGGCAGGCUCUGAGCUCCAGUUGGAGGCAGCAGGCAAGAAACCUAAGGUUCCGGAGAGGCUGGGCUUUCCCUGGGAAUUCCAUCCUGGUGUGUGCUGCGGAGCAAGGCCACGGAGGGAGCAUGGAUAGCAGCAGGCAGUCCCCUGGCAGGGACAGUAGGCGUCCAGGGAGAGUCAGGAGGGAUGUUACUUUGGCACCAUCAGGAGAUUUGAGACUUAGUACCCGGCAUCUUGUGCUCCCAAGGGAGAAUGAGGUCAGGAGUCCAGGAGCCAGAGACCUGGACCCCCCCUGGCAUGACAGCCCUCUCUGGGAAGCACAGAAUGAGACAGGCACCUCAGAUGGCCCCCUUGCAGGGCGUGACACAGCAGCAUUUCUGGCUUGGAGAACUACUGCUGGCCUUACCCUCUGGCCCCAUCCAGUGGAAGGCGAGGAUCUGCCAGGAGCAGGGAGCAGAACCUUGACUGGUGGACAACAAACAGGGGGUCCUGCACCGGCCACAGGGGCUCGUUGGUGGCCUGGCUCUGUUGGGGAGCUUCAAGGGUCCGUCUGGUGUGAUGCUGAGCCCCCUGGACUGUUGAGCAGCUCAAGGACAGGCGGGCAGGUCCCCCCAUGGCUCACAGAGCAUGAUGUGCAGACCCUCCAGCUGCUGGCCCAGGGGGAGGUGGUGGGCAAAGCCAGAGUCCCUGGCCAUGGGCAGGUGCUGCAGGUCGGCUUCUCCACUAAGGGUGCCCUUCAGGAUGUAUCUCGUAGGCUCAGCCAGCUCUGCUCCCAGGGGCUCUGUGGCCUGAUCAAGAGGCCUGGGGACCUGUUGGAAGUCCUGUCCUUCCACCUGGACCGUGUGCUGGGGCUGCACCGGAGCCUACCUGCUGUGGCCAGGAGCUUCCAUAGCCCCCUGCUGCCCUACCGCUUCACAGAUGGUGGCACGAGGCCCGUCAUCUGGUGGGCACCAGACGUGCAGCACCUGGGUGACCCAGACGAUGACCAGAACUCUCUGGCCUUGGGCUGGCUGCAGUACCAGGCCCUGCUGGCACAUGGUUGCAGCCGGCCGGGCAAGGGUCCAUGCCUGGACAUCCCUCACGCCGAGUGGGCACGCCUGGCACUCUUCGACUUCUUGCUGCAGGUCCAUGACCGCUUGGAUCGCUACUGCUGCGGCUUUGAGCCCGAGCCCUCGGACCCCUGUGUAGAGGAGAGGCUCCGAGAGAAAUGCCAGAACCCAGGGGAGCUGCGGCUGGUCCACAUCCUGGUCCGGAGCAGUGAUCCAUCUCAUCUGGUCUACAUCGAUAAUGCCGGCAACCUUCAGCAUCCUGAGCACAAGCUGAACUUCCGGCUGCUGGAGGGCAUCAAUGGGUUUCCUGAGUCUGCUGUGAAGGUUCUGGCAUCAGGGUGUCUACAGAAUAUGCUGCUCAAGUCGCUGCAGAUGGACCCGGUGUUCUGGAAAAGCCAAGGCGGACGACAGGGGCUGCAGAAGGUCCUCCAGACCCUGGAGCAACGAGGACAGGUCUUGCUGGGCCACAUCCGGACACAUAACCUGACACUUUUCAGGGACAAGGGCCUGUGAGCCCCCCACUGCCCAGGUGGGACUCUCUCCUUGCUGGGAGGGCAGGGUGCCUCACAACACAACCUGAGUGGAUGAGCACCCGUCUUCUCAGCCACGUUUUCUUGGAUUCACCCAUAUUGAAGACAGAAGGUAAAGCCAGAAGCCAGAAGGGCACCAUGGAUGCCACGGGAUGUGUCACCUGCUUGGGAUGGUGGAGGUGAUGGGUGCUGGGUUUUCAGUCUCAUCACAUUCCUUUGUGCCUGCUUAGCUCUGGCUAUUUAUUCCCUUGCACCAAUAAAUACAUUCAAGAAUGUUCUGUGAACUGCUUCAGGUACUGAAAGAUCAUGCAUCCCACAUGCACAUGCAGAGGUGGAUGUGUGUGUGUGUGUGUGUGUGUGUGUGUGUGUGUGUGUAGAGGUGUGUACAUAUACGUGGCAUGUGUGUACCUGCCCACAUGCAUAUCAGAUGAGCCUGAUGAGGGUCUUUACAGAGUUGUGGCCCAGAGCUGCUCUAGCAGAAAAUGAACCCAGGUCUAUGAAGCGAAACACUAAGCAUUUUGUCUAUAUAGGCUUUAGAUGUUCAGUUCUUAUUCACUUAUAUUUUUGGUGUAGGAAUCAUAAAAGUAAUACAUGCUCACUAAAAACAAAUUCAUGAAUAAGGGAAGCAUAUAAGAAGUGUGACUCUCAGAAACUCCCUAGAGAUUGUGUGUGUGUGUAUUUCACACCACACUACAUGCAAAUUAAAAUAUGAUAAAAGUUGGGUGUCUUUGUCCCCUCACUAUUUUUACUGUAUUGUAUUUCCUAUAUUCUGUAUCAGCCACUGGGGUUGACCCAAUUCUUAUUCAUGACUUCAUGGAACUCCAAGGCAGGGAUGUGUCAUGUUUUCAUUUAGCUGUUCUCAUGAUGAACAUUUAGGUGGCUGUGAUGUUUAUUAUUUCCUUCCUUCUGCUGACUUUAGACUUUGUUUGUUCUUCUUUUUCUAAUUCUUUCAGGUGGCAGGUUAGGUUGUUUGAGAUUUUUCUUGUUUUUUUGAGGAAAGGCCUGUAUUGCUAUGGACUUCCCUCUUAGGACUGCUUUCGUUGCAUCUCAGAGAUUUUGCAGAUUUAUGUUCAUUGUCAUUUGUCUCAAGAGGAAUGGACUUGGAUGUAGUAAUUUUGGGUUCAGAAUUCUGGGCUUGGCCACUUGUUGGUUAGCACCUGACGAAUGCUUACGAGCACUGGCUAUAAUAACCACGGACAUUUACUGAGCGAUGACUACAUGCCAGGCACUGUGAUCAUGUUUCCAUGGAUCAAGGCAUUUAACCUCACCAUCACCUGAUGAGUAGGCGAAGAACCUCAGCUGGGGAAGGAGAGACUUGCCUGAGGCCACUCGAUGGAGGCAGCAGAGUCUGCCAGUGGCCUGCAGGAGCACUGCGUGUCAUGAGCUGAACACACAUGGUGGCCUCCACUGUGCCACGAGCUUUAUGCAAACCUUCGGGACAACUCCAGGACAAGAGACAGUGUGUGGAAGAUGUUGGAGAUCAUGUACUGUGGUGACCAUGUGUUCCAGAUGUGUGGAGACAGGCGCAUUUGUACCUAUCCUGUCUGAUUUGUGUCCUGGCACUGUUUGGUGAGUGAGAGACCCUAACUGAGGACAUGGGAAGUGUGAGGGCAGCACUGUGGGCAGGAGGGGCAGAGAAAGAGCACUGCCUGGGUCGGGGAGGGCACAGAAAACACAGGAGAGGUCUUGGGGACAUUAAGCCAGUUCCCCCUUGGCCUGGGCUCUCAGAUAAGUGGGUGGUCUUCACCUGAACCCCCAAGGCUCAGCCAUCAGCUCAGUAAGACACUUCCUGCAGCCUCCACUCCUGGACCACCUGCAGCCAAGGGCUGUUUCUCUGGAUCUCUGGCUCUGUCAGUCUGCCUCUGCUGAUUCUGGCCUUUUUUCUCCUCAAAGCUGCCGCAAGGCCUCUUCAGUGGGGUCACGGGAGACCCAGAGACUAUGAUCACUCUGAGGGAGGAACAGCACAAAGGGAGUUCUUCCUCCUCUGUCCCUGGACCCCUCCUUCCCCACCCUGGACCAGCAAUGGUGCUGUCUGAGCCUCUCCUGACCCACCAGGUUCUGGCCAGCACUGCUCAGGGGGUGCUCAUCUCGGGGUCUGUGAGAGCUAGGGCUCUCAGCCAGUGACCAGGAUACUUGUCUAAUGCACAGCUUUGCCUCAGGAACUCCCAAUCAGCCUGGCUACAGCCUGAGACUCCACCUCCCCCAGGAUACCUUUCUCUCUCUCCUUCGCAGGAGUCAGACCUCAUGCAUCAUGGCCUCCUUGUGAAGAAAAGGCUAAAACUCUCCUUCUCUAAGGACAAAUUUGAUCUUGAGUUAAUUUUCUAGCUGUUCCCAUGGAAACCGGAUAAAGCUUCAAUGUCAGGUGUGGUAUUCAGUGAAACUGCUGUUGGUAAAAAUGACCUCUGAAAAACUGGAAGGACCUUGAAUGAACUAAAGUACUUGACAGGACAUCCUAGCUGAGGCUUCCCCGAGUGCGAGUGUGGCAAUUCCUAUAACCCAGGAGGUUCCUCCAGGGACCCGGGAACUUGAUUGUGGGCUGUUUAGAAGAUAAUGGCUCCUAUGGGACUUUUAAGCCGAAGUGGCCCCCAAAC